AACAAUGUUGAACAUGCUGCUGAGGCAGUGCCAGCCCAGAGCCCUACACCAAGUGUGGCGAGCAGUCAGGAGUCGCUUACGGUUCGCGCACCGCCUCCGACCUCAGCGGCAAAGAAGCGAUCACCGUCAGCGUCCGGAUUAAGGUCUCUUGGCCGACUGUUCGGCAAAAAGGACAAGCACAAAAAUACCUCAUCGUCUAAUUUGUACAAAUCUGGUGACCUCGGCGGCUCGACGGCUGCUUACUAUUCUGAUGGCGAAGUGAGCGCAGGCGAGCUGUCCGUCGGCUUUUCGGCUAGCCUACAUACGCCUGACUUUGAUAGAAGACGGAAACGGAAGUAG